GAAUCCUCCAGAAGCCCCAGCAGCAGCCGAAGAGGCAGACGGCCGCGCACAUCGCCCUGAUGCCAGUGCCAAGGAGGCAAGCCGCAAGGAAGCCAAGGCCAAGAUCCCGGAGAAGCGUCCGGAAGAGCCUCCGCCGAAGGAGGAGCCUGAGGAGCAGUCUGCCCAAAUGGGCUCCACCGAGGAGCCUGUUGGCUGGCUACCAGAGGGCCACGAGUGCAACACCUGCAAGAAGCAAGUUUCCGCCUUUGGCGGGGUCUUCUGCGGCCGUCGGAAAGCUGGCUUCAUCCCCAUUGCAGGCUGCGGAGCCGCAGUCUGUUGGAGGUGCAUGAACCGCUCUUCCAAGGAUGCGUCCUUCGGCAAG